GGGUAUGUAUGAGAAAAUAYAAGGACUCGUCUCCCCAUGGUUUGUAUUUCUUUACAAGCGUGCUUUUUUAUUUUUUGUUUUUAYGUAGUAGAGAUGGCCGAGCCUGUGAAGUACUUGUCAGCGGUUAACAUCAUGGCUGGUGGCGAUGUUUUUGUUGUUCUUCUUCGUCGAGACCUGUAAAGGAGGAUUUCAUAGCUAUUUUGUGGUUGUAUAUCACUGCUGCACUUUCUAAUUAUCAAUCUUAGCUCUUAAAUGUUCUUAAAACAUUUUAUUUACGAAGUCAAGUGAUGAUAACCAAGUGUCAGCAAGACGACAAUAGCUGAAAGAGCCGGCCAUUUUCAUCAGGAGAAAUCCCUAACAAACAUUUGUAUUUUCAAGCUAACUCCCUUCGGCAUACUUUCAGAGUCUGUUACAAGAUUCUCGAUGAAUUAGAUGAAAACAUAUCUUGUGUAGUUUAAAGCGGAAAAAUUGUCAUGGAGUUUUAUGAACCUAGUGGUGUCCGCUUGAAUGCCAUUAGACGACUUGAUCCAGACAAUGUGGAAGAUGAAGUAGAAACAGGUCCAGAAAUCGAUAGAUAUGGCUUUGUUGGAGAUCAUAAACAAGCUUCGGAGACAACACUACCUGUUGAAGUACUUAGAGAAAGAGAACUGAAAUGGAUUGAAAUGUUAAAAGAUUGGGAUAAAUGGGUUUUGAAGAAAUUCAAAAAGGUAAAAGAGCGAUGUCGUAAGGGUAUACCUCCAUCUGUGAGAGGAAAAGCUUGGCAAUGUUUAACUGGAAGUAAUCUCAAAGCUCAAGAAAAUCCAGGACUGUUUGAUAGACUUGAUGCCAAAAGCUCACCAGAGUGGGAGAGUGAUAUUAGAAAGGAUUUGUGUAGAACAUUCCCUUACCAUGGACUAUUCUCUGAUAAAGAUGGACAAGGGCAAUCCGACUUGUUUAGGAUAUUAAAAGCAUAUUCAUUGUAUGAUCAACAGACUGGAUACUGCCAGGCAAUGGCACCUGUAGCUGCUGUCCUCCUCAUGCACAUGACAGCAGAGGAGGCCUUUUGGACUUUGGUCAUGAUAUGUGAGAAGUAUAUUCAUGGAUAUUAUGAACCAAAACUGGAAGCAAUCAAGCUAGAUGCAGCAAUAUUUGAAGGACUUUUAGAAAAAACUCUUCCUCAGGUAUCCAAACACAUGAAAACUCACAGGAUAGAUGCAUUGAUGUACAUGACAGAGUGGUUUAUGUGUAUUUUAGCAAGAAACAUCCCCUUUGCAACUGUUCUCCGUGUWUGGGAUAUGUUCUUUUGUGAAGGAAUUAAAGUUAUAUUCAGAACCUCACUUGCCAUGGUUAAACUUAUACUGACACCAAAGGUGCUUCCACAAUGUCCAGGAUUGUUUGAAACAACUGAAAAAUUUCGCCAUCUUGAAAACAUGCAGGAAGAUGUACUCAUACCUGUGUCUCUGUCACUUAAACUGUCAGCCAAAGAUAUGCGUAAAGAACAUGAACACCAAGUUAGCAAUCAAUCAAAAGGAUCUAAUAAGAGAUAGUAGAAUAYUAUAAGAUAGUAGAGUAGAUUGCAAUUAAUAUAUCUUUCACUGAGUCUGCUAACAAAAUUAAGCAAUAUUAGCACAAAGUGUUUUUCAGAUGUAAUGAAUGGACUCUCCCAUAGAAAUGGCUAAAUUUCAAAAUAAUAGUAAUAUAUUUCUAUCCUUACUUGAAUCUCAAAGUAUGAAAUUCAUURCUUUCUUUUUUUUACAAUUUUCAAGAAUUAUUUAUGUCAAUUUUUAACUUUUUUGGUUUCAAAGCUAAAAAAUAUCAGGAAUUAAGAUAAUAUAUCAGCUGGUACCUUUAUUCUGCUGGCAGAAUUAAUUWAUCUUAUUAAUUAAUCAUUAAUUUUGAGGGCUGUCAAUACUCAUAUUUCCCAGCACAAUCUUGAAGGGUAGCAUCCAGUUCAAGUAAACCUUUCAAGAUAACAUUGGKAGCCGAGUAUGGACAUUUUAGACCCCUUGUUUGUGGGAAUGCAACUAUACAACUGGAGGACAAAACAAUGGGUUCUAGUUCCCUUUUUUUCCCAUCCAGAUGAAGCUUCUUUGACAUCACAUGCAAGUGGUCUAUAGCCAUUGUGUAUCCUUACUAUAAUCACAAAAAAGAGCGAACUGAGACUGACUGAUGGAUUACAAUCUAUAAUUCCAUCCUAGGAUUGAAAAUAAAGCAAGAAGUUUUAUUGUAGUAAGAUAAAAUAUGUAAAUACACUACCAUCGGAUGGUCUGAUUGGAAAUUGAUUAUUUAUUUCAUUAUUUUAAUCAUGAUUGACCUCACUGCAAUGUUUGAUAUAAAACAAUCUUAUGUAUAGUAAUGAUUGUGUAUUUUAAARUUGAUUAUAGAAUUUAUAAUUUUUAGGAAAAAAUUGUGGAAAAUUCAUUCACAAU